AUGGAUUCAUUCCUCUAUGAUCGAUACACGCAGUUUCCCAGUCUCAACUAUGGGACUGAGGCCGUCCCUUCGCAAGCCUCUGCUACUUGGAAGUUGGACAAUAUCACCGAUCUCGACAGACUGAUUCUCGCAUGGGCGUCUAUAUUAAGUCGGUUGAGUGAAGAAGAAUUUCCAGUCAUCCAAAUUGAUGGAGCCGCCGCGAGAAUACAUCUAGAAAGUGGCCAUAUAGAGAGUGUACAGAUUGAAAAAUCGGGCACUGAUUCGGGUAGCCGUACUGCAAUAGUCACUUCGGAUACCCCUAUUACCAGCGAACAAUGUCAGCUAGAGAUCAGGUAUACCCCGCAUCAAUUAAAUGGGUCAAUUACAUCUAGAGGCUGUACCAGUGUCAGGUAUCUGAAUCAGCUCGCUAGAAAUCUAGAGAGCCUUCUCCGAGAGCCUCUCCCCCUCUCAAUAAUCAAUCCAACGCCUUUGAUCUUACCCGGCCCUCAUCUUUUCCAUGAAAUGGUUCGUCACACUGGUAAUGAGCCAGCAAUCUCGUUCCUUAAUGAAAGUGGUGAAGUAGAAGCUUUAAGUUAUGAGAUGCUUCACUCUCUCUCGGAGCAACUGGCGUCUCACCUGGUACACACCCUAGCCUCUCUUCCACCCCCAGGACAGCACGGGAGAAUCAUACCUGUGCUUCUUCCCCAAUCUCUAGACCUAUAUGUGGCAUGGUUGGCGAUUUUAAAGGCCGGUGCGGCUGUCUGCCCAUUAAACCUUGAUACCCCAACGGAACGGCUGAAUUUCAUUGUUGGAGAUGUCGACGCUCGCGUUGUCGUCACCAAUGAGGAGCUUACUAGUGCCUUCCACAAUAUCGAAACUUCAAUCACUAUAGUCAAAAUGGAAGAUAGCAAGACCUUUGCGCCAAGUUGUCUUUCUGGCGUGGAUGUUUGCAAUGAAGAUUUGGCAUACGUCAUGUAUACUUCUGGUUCUACAGGACUGCCUAAAGGAGUGGGAAUAUCGCACCAGGCUGCUGUGCAAGCGUUGCUAGCACAUGACGAAAUAAUCCCUGGAUUCAGGAGAUUCCUUCAGUUUGCAGCUCCUACAUUUGAUGUCUCUGUUUUUGAGAUAUUCUUCCCGCUUUUCAGGGGUGUAACUCUCGUGGGCUGCAACAGGCGUUUGAUGCUAAACGAUCUCCCUGGUAUCAUCAACCAACUGAAUGUCGACGCUGCUGAACUUACUCCAACCGUGUGUGGAGAACUUCUCCAAUCUCGAGAUGCUGUGCCGUGCCUUAAGCUUUUGUUGACAAUCGGCGAGAUGUUGACAAGGCAUGUGGUCGACGAAUUCGGUUGUUCAGAGGAUAGGCCUGGAUUAUUGCACGGAAUGUAUGGACCUACGGAAGCCACUAUCCACUGUACUGCUGCCUCUUCAAUUCGUGCCGGCUCACUUGUUGGAAACAUUGGUACACCUUUCAAAACUGUUUCUGCUUUCAUCAUUUCUAUGGACCACAUCGUUGGUCAGGAACCGGUGAUACUACCUGUUGGCCAUGUCGGCGAGCUUGUGGUUGGAGGCCCACAGCUUGCUCGGUACUACCUUAACCGGCCGACCGAGAAUCGAAAUGCUUUUAUUGAUUCUAAAACGUAUGGACGUUUAUACAGGACCGGAGACAAGGCCCGUCUACAUCCCAGUGGUGAACUCCAAUGCAUGGGUCGUAUAUCUACGGGACAGGUCAAACUUAGAGGUCAACGAAUCGAGCUAGGGGAGAUUGAGAACGUGCUCUUGAAAAAUCAAUACGUGAGAAACGCCGCCGCCUGUGUUAUUCAGGGAGCUCUCGUUGCUUUCCUAUCGGCGGACGUCGCACAUUGUACUUCCAGAGAUCUGCAGUUGACCUGCCGACGAUCCCUGCCGAAAUUUAUGAUCCCUGGGAACUUCGUCAUCCUCAAUAAGCUGCCUCGCCUCCCAUCUGGUAAAAUUGACAGGAAGGGUCUAGAGGCGGAAUACAUACUAUCGAAGGACGUCGAUCAAACUGAUCUGGCUGAACCAGCAGGUGACAUCGAACAGAAGAUCUCCGUAUCCCUCAACUUGCUUCUGGAGUCAUCCAUUACCCCAACAGCAAGCCUUGCGUCAGCGGGCCUUGACUCCCUAAGGGCUAUUCACCUUGCAUCCUCUUUACGGAAAGAAGGGGUCUUCCUGAACGCCUUGGAUAUCCUAGAAGCCGACUCUAUCCGCAAGAUGGCUGCCUUCGUCUUGAAGUCACAACCUGAGAUGACUGUGGUUCCCACUGAAAGUGAGCCACUAGCGAUGUGGAAUACGAUCAUCCAACAAGGGCGCGAAAUGUUGAAGCUUACUGAGCAUUUACAGCAGCCAACCGAUAUAAUUCCAUGCAGCCCAAUACAGACUGGAAUGCUUUUGGAAACGAAGUUAAAUCCUAAGGCGUAUUUCAAUUCUGUUGAACUGCAGUUCGAUUGUGGUAUUUCUCUAGAAGAAGUUAAAAGUGCAUUUAUAAACACUGCUCUACAAAACGAAGUUUUGAGAUCAGGGUUUAUUGAAAUAGAUUUUCCUGGAUUCCCAUACGCCCAAGUCGUUUGGGAGAGUCUUCAUCCCGACCAAAUCAUAGAGUCAAAGAUUAUUGACCAUGACUUAGAGCUGCAAAAUCAGUGGGAUAUAUUGCAUCCACUCAAAGUCCAACUCUGCGUCAUUGAUGGGCGUCCCAAAGCUCUGGUUCAUAUCCAUCAUUCAUUGUAUGAUGGCUGGUCCUGGGAUCAGAUCAUGCGGGACUUGGUCUCAGCACUUGAGAAUAAACAACUAACUCAGCGGUCACAAUACCGACUCUUCACCCUUUUCCACAUAAAUAAUCAUUCCUCCGAGAUUAGGGAGCAAGCUUUAAAUUAUUGGCAGUCUCAUCUCCAGGGCUCUACACCUUGCCUAUGGCCUAAUUUUCAAGAUAGAUCUGAUCUUCCAAAAGCCUCCAAGGUUGUUGAACGUCAGUUGAAUCUUGACAUAGAUCAGCUUGAUUCUUUCGUUCGGGAUUUCCGAGUAAGUCGACAGAUCAUCUUCCAGGCAGCCAUUGGAUGUCUACUUUCGGCAUACCAUGGCACUUCGGAUAUUAUCCUUGGGAACGUAUCUGCUGGCCGUACCCUUCCUAUAGUUGGCAUUGAAAACAUUGUGGGACCGUGCAUCUCGACGCUUCCUCUAAGACUAAAUCUCCGGAAAGCUCGAACUGUCCGUGACCUACUUGCAAUUCUUCAUGGUUUGAAUAAAAAGUCCCUCGUUCACGGAUUUGUUCCCCUUCGAGACGUAAAACAAGUCUCCGGAAUUAAUACGGCUGAUCAGCUAUUUGAUACCCUUUUUGUUUGGCAAGAUAACUUCACCACUACCUGUGGACCAAUAGCCCAAGUCGCAUCGAGAGAUUUCCUUGAGUUCACAUUGACUACUGAACUUGGAAUUCGAGAUGGCAAAAUCCGGGCAAAGGCGACGUUCGAGGAAUCAAUCCUCCCGGAAAGCCAGGUAGUUAUAUUUUUGAAACAAAUCGAAAGUAUAGCCAUGACUUUCCUUGAGUCUGCCGACAGGCUAUUAGAGGAGCUUCCAUCCCAUCUUCCGAAAUCCUUGCUUUCAACAGAGAAUACUUUUCCAUCGCCCUUGAAAUCUGUUCCUGGCCUAUAUGAUUCAAUUGAAGAGAUCGCGAAAAUAGACUCAGAGAGGAUUGCUGUUGAAUUUCUAGAUUCUUUAGACCUGGAAACAGGAGAUAAAGCUAUAAAAACACUGACAUAUUCGGAGUUGGAUGCACAAUCCAACAAGUUUGCUAGUCAACUCCGGAACCUUGGCGUUGUUGAAGGUAAUUUGGUUGCAAUAUGCCUCGAGAAAUCACUUGAGCUUUACAUCUCUAUUCUCGCUGUUAUCAAAGCAGGAGCUGGAUAUGUGCCCAUAACACCACAGACGCCGAUAAAGCGAGUGAAGCACAUUAUUCAAGAAGCAAGCUGCCGCAUUUGCAUAGCGGAUAGUGAAAUCCUGGCCCAACUAUCAGAUUUCCCAAACACUACGACAAUACUGGCCAAAAACCAAAUGUUGGUGGAGAAUGCUCUAUAUGAGUUUACAAAAGCUCCUGGAUCUUGCCCUGCAUACGCAGUAUUCACAUCUGGGACCACUGGCACGCCAAAGGGAGUUCUUAUUUCACGUUUUAACCUGGAGAGUAACAUUGCUGUUUUGUCGGCACUAUAUCCUGAUUUUCCUGAAUCAAGAUUGCUUCAAGCAUGCUCCCAUGCUUUUGAUGUCUCUGUGUUUGAAAUAUUUUUUGCCUGGAGCAGAGGAAUGACCUUAUGUUCUGCAAAGAACGAUGUAUUGUUCAGGGACAUUGAACAUGCAAUCCGCACCCUGCGAAUUACUCACCUUAGUAUGACUCCAACCGUUGCUGCUCUUGUGAGAGCGAAUAACGUGCCGCUGGUUAAAUUCCUUGUCACUGCCGGUGAAGCACUGACACCGAAAGUCCUGAUGGACUGGGCAGGGAAAGGCCUAUGGCAAGGCUACGGUCCAAGUGAAACCACCAAUAUUUGCACGGUCAAACCGAACGUAUGUAUGUCUCACUUCAUAAGCAAUAUAGGGAGAACACUUCCGAACACGUCUGCGUUCGUACUCGCGGAAGGAGAAGGGUUUUCUCUUGUCCCACGAGGAGCCAUGGGUGAGCUAUGUUUUGGUGGGGAUCAAGUGGGUAUUGGAUAUUUGAACAUGGAAGACCUCACACGGCAGAAGUUUUUGGUCCAUGAAGAAUACGGACGGAUUUACAAAAGCGGCGACUACGGGAGACUCCUCCCUGAUGGCUCAAUCGCCUUUGUAGGUCGCCGCGAUGACCUAGUGAAAAUUCGAGGCCAGCGCAUUGAACUGGGCGAAAUCAAUAGUAUUUUGAUGGCCCACGAAAACGUCAAGGAUUGUGCAACAAUCGUGUGUGAUUCCAAUGAUGGGGACAAUGGAGGCAGCAAACAGUUGAUAUCUUUUUGGGUCCCUGAUAAUAUCAAUAUCGACGGACUUGGGCAGCAAGAAAAUUCUCAUAUUUUCCAGCAACUUUUUGACCAUAUAGGCGACCGAUUGCCUAGCUAUAUGAUCCCACUCUUCCUCAUACCAAUAAGUCAUAUUCCCAUGACAACCGUCGGAAGAAAAAUUGAUAAGGAAGCCUUGAAGUGUAUGUACUUAAGUGCUAACCCAACGCUUCUUGAUGCGUAUUCGCGUGGGGAAGAAGAAGAACCCGCCCAGGAAGAUCUGACCGACAAUGAAGCGAAGGUCAUGGGACUUGUUGCACAAGUUACCGGAGUCUCGACGAAAGAAAUAGGACGACAUACCUCCUUUUACCGACUAGGUUUUGAUUCGGUGAUAGCAAUCGCUCUCUCCAGGGAACUAAAACUUGCCGGUUUUGGGCAGAUUGAUAUCUCUGUUAUUAUGAAAAAUGAUUCGAUCGCACGACUUACGAGGAAGAUAUCGCAGAAUACUGACGCCCAGAUACCAAGCUUAGAAUCCAUUCCGACAUUUGAUCAUCUCUUCAGUCGUGAACUAAUAAGCAAAAUCAAGGAAGAGGCUUCUUCGCAUGGGGUCAACGUCACAAAAAUUUUGCCUUGUACUUCCUUACAAGAAGGCAUGCUUUCAGGUAUAUCCACCGGAAAUGAUGCAUCAUACUACAACCAUUUGAUUUUUGAAGUCAAUACGGGCAUCGAGCUCAUAAAGACGGCCUGGAUGAACAUGGUUACGAGGCAUGACAUGCUAAGAACUUGGUUCCGGCAAACUGAUGACGCUCUGUUUCCAUUCGUUCAAGUUGUUCUGGAGCGGCUCGACAUUGCAUGGCAAUCAAUCAAAUGCCCAGUCGCCGAAGCACCCUCGGCCCUGGAAAGAAGCAAGCUCGCAGUCACUGUCAAAGAGGGGCCGCAUUCACUCUAUUCGUUUACUGUUUUACAGUGUGUGGAUUCUACAAAGGUAUUCCUACUAUUAUCUAUACACCAUGCUCUAUAUGAUGGUGAAGCAAUGGAAGUCCUCUUGCAAGAGGUUCAAGAGUGCUUGCUUGAGCAUCAACUUCCACCCGUCGUCCCUUUCGAUCUCUAUCUUCACGAGAUGAUCAAGGUCAACAGCGAUUCAACAGACCAGUUCUGGAGCAAUUACCUGAAAGGUCUUACUCCAACCUUAUUCACAUCACCCUCCUCCCUAGUUAAGGGAAACCCGAUAAUGAGUCGAUCGACUUCCCACAUUCCCAGCUCAAGCUUUACUGAGGUUUGCAAUGCAUGCAAAAGCUCGUCUGUGACCACCUUGAGUUUAUUACAGGCAGCCUGGAGUAGACUGAUAUGCUUACUUUCCGGUUCUCCUGAUAUUUGCUUUGGAGAUGUGGUUAAUUGCAGAAGUUUACCUAUCGACGGGGUCGAAAGAGUAGUCGGCCCAUGCUUCAACACGUUGCCCGUGAGGACAAGCUUGAACGGGAAUAUGACGAACAUAGACUUGAUGAGGAACUUGCAAUCUAACAGAGCAGCCACUCUUCCGUAUCAACUCAGUUCAAUGAGACGAAUUCAGUCGCACUUCAGUCAGCGAGGCCAGAGGAUUUUCGAUUCAUUGUUCCUUCUACAAGGAAGGCCCCUUCAGUUGAAUGAGUCCCUAUGGAGGAUGGUAUCCGAGAAUGGUGUAAUGGACUUCCCUAUUAUAUUUGAAAUCAUACCUCACCCCGAAAGUGACUCUCUGCAGUUCAUUCUCCACUUUGACGAGGGUCUUGUGCCCACAACGGAUAUAGAUACUAUCAUUGCAUAUUACCAUGCUAUUUUAAACCAUACACUACGCUUCCCGGAGGCAAGGGUAAUGGAUUUCUCUUUCGUUGAAUCUGAUGAACAAGUUUCUAGAGGCCUCAGUGUCUUCAGAAAUAUAGGGGAAGCCAAUGGAGAUCAUAAGACCAAUGGAUAUGACAAAUCCGAGGAGUGGAGUGCAGAAAGUCUAGAAAUCCGAGAUCUGCUUUCAGCAAUGUCGAAAGUUGAUAAAAAGCGUAUCAGCAUGGAUACGACCAUUUUUGCGCUGGGACUUGACAGUAUUAAUGCUAUUCAGAUAGCUGGACGUUUUAGAAAAGUCGGCUACGAAAUUUCGGCGGCUGAUAUUCUGGAGGGGCCUUCAAUUCGAGAGAUCGCAUUGGUCCUGCAAGGUUCAAAAUCAAAGGACUGCGUGGGCCUAACACUCCAUAACUUCGACUUCGAUAGCUUCCAAUCAUUGCAUCUGCCCUCUAUCUGUGAUAAGUUGGGAUUAUUGGAAAGUAGUGUUGAAGCUAUCCGACCUUGCACACCACCGCAAGCAGGUAUGCUUGCCUCAUUCAUAAACUCAGAAGGCUUACUCUAUUUUAACAGCCUUACGCUGAAAUCUCCGACACCAUUAAAUCUGAUUGCUCUAAGACUCGUAUGGGAAAGUGUCAUGGAGAGAAACGAGAUGCUGAGAACUGGAUUUUGUGACGUGAAGGAUGACAUAUUCCCAUUUGCGAUGGUGACAUAUCGCCCAGGAGUUAUCGAAUUGCCCUGGAAUGAGUGUCUAUCCCCUCCUAAGAGCAUGUCGGAUGCGAGACGUGAACAACACCUUAAUGGCAAGAGUAUAUUAAAUCAACUCCACCGCCCGCCGUGGUUCCUUAUCGUUAAACCUUGCAGUCACUACACGCUCAUACAGCUUUCAGCCCAUCACGCUCUCUACGACGCUCAUUCAAUGAACCUUAUACUCUCCGAAGUGAUAAAUGUUUAUAAUGGAUCUACUUUACCGCCAGCGAUUCCAGUGUCCCCUGUCCUGGGUUUCAUUGUCGAGAAGUUUCAAUCCCGUGAAUCAGAGAGUUAUUGGAGUGAGGUGGGCCCUUCGUUCAGUGCUACGAAGUUUCCAGACAUGAAUCCUGUCCAUGCUAAAGUAAAUGAUACCCGUUUCCUUUCCCGAGACUGUUCGUUUACCAUGGAGAAACUACAAAAAGGCUGCCGUGAGCUUGGUGUUACAUUACAAGCCCUUGGUCAGGCUGCAUGGUCUCGAAUUCUCUCAUCAUACCUAGGAGAGUCUACUGUUACAUAUGGCUUGGUACUUUCUGGUCGAGAUAUCUCUGAACAAGCUCAGGAUACCGCUUUUCCUUGCCUUACGACGGUGCCAGCUCAGCAAAACGUAGAAGCAACAAAUCGGGAACUGCUUCAGCAGAUCAUGAAAUCUAAUGCCAUGGCUGUGAAAUAUCAAUUUACGUCGCUGGCAAAGAUUCAGCGUCUGAGUAAAGCCGACUCCCCACUCUUUGAUACUCUUUUCGUAUUUCAGAAGCUGGCUUCCACGGAUAAACAAAACCCCCUCUGGGAUGUAGUUGAAGAAAGCAGUCAGACUGAAUAUUCUGUGUCUCUUGAGCUGAUUCCGAGUAACGAUACUCUCAAGCUUGCUGUUACUUACCAAAAUCACAUUCUACCCGACAGCCAGGCCUCCUUGCUCCUUGAUGAACUUGAUUGGUUGCUGACUGAUAUUCUACAAUAUCCCGAUUCAACUUCUUCUUCCCUUGACACUGCAAGCCGUUCCAUUGUGUCUGUUUUACCGAGGAAGGACUCUAAAAUUGACUGUCCAACUCAACUUUUACAUCAAUUUGUAGAAGUUGGAGCAACUAGGCAUCCAUCUAAGGUGGCACUCGAAUUUGCGGAGAGAGUCAAUGGCAAACUCAUUACCCAGAGUUGGACUUACAGAGAUUUGGAUAAACAAGGGAAUAGAUACGCAAAUCUACUUCACCAUCUCGGCGUGAAGCAGGGAACAUUGGUUGGAGUUUCCUUUCAAAAAUGUCCUGAGGCUUACUUCUCAAUACUUGGAGUUCUCAAAGUUGGCUGUGCAUUCUUAGCGAUUGACCCCAGUGCUCCAAUCGCCCGAAAACAAUUUAUAUUGGAAGAUUCGAGGGCAGAUAUCCUUAUGUGCGGAAUAGAACAGAAAGACGAGUUGAAAAAUCUGACUGGCAUCAGGCUGGUCGUGGUAAAUGAAGAGGGUCUAUUGGAUGGAGUGAACUCGACACCUCCAACACUGAGCUUCCCGAUUUAUAGUGAUGCAACCUGCUAUUGCUUGUAUACCUCGGGAAGCACGGGUACACCAAAGGGUUGCGAGAUAACCCAUGAAAAUGCAGUACAAGCCAUGCUAUCAUUUCAAAGAUUGUUUGGAGGCCAUUGGGAUGAAUCGUCUCGGUGGUUCCAGUUUGCUUCAUUCCACUUCGAUGUCUGCGUUCUUGAGCAAUACUGGACGUGGAGUGUAGGAAUAUGUCUAACAUCUUGCCCUAGAGAUACUCUCUUUGAAGACUUUGCGGGAACCCUUCGUGACUUGUCUAUCACACACAUUGAUUUGACUCCUAGCCUGGCACAGUUAAUACAACCUGAGGAUGUCCCGUCCCUUUGCCGUGGUGUUUUUAUCACAGGAGGCGAAAAGCUAAAGCAAGAGAUCCUCGAACAUUGGGGGCCUCAUGAGGUUAUUUACAAUGGAUAUGGUCCAACCGAGGUCACAAUCGGUUGUACAAUGCUUCCACGGGUCACUUCUUCGGAUAAGCCAACUAAUAUUGGUCCGCAAUUUGAUAACGUUAGUGGUUAUGUCUUCAAACAGGGUACCAAUACACCCGUUUUACGCGGUGGUAUCGGAGAGCUUUGUGUGUCAGGCCCACUUGUUGGCAAGGGUUAUCUGAACCGACCACAAUUGACGGCGGAAAAGUUCCAAUAUAUUGAGACAUAUGGAGAAAGAGUUUACCGAACUGGUGACCUAGUACGCAUGAUGCAUGAUGGAAGUUUCUGCUUCCUUGGACGUAUUGAUGACCAAGUGAAGCUUCGAGGUCAGAGGCUUGAGAUCAAUGAGAUAAACCAUGUGAUAAAAAAUUCCACAGAGGGAGUGGGAGAUGUGGUUACAAUGGUACUCAAACAUCCCACCGCAACUAAGGAGCAAAUAGUAUCUUUCACCACCGUCGUUACUUCUGCUUCCGGAGCUGCCUGUCCAGAAGUUGACUUCAGCCCCAAGGCCGGCAGAGUUUUGGAAGCUAUCCGCUCGGAAUGCCGGUCACAUCUGCCAGGAUACAUGAUCCCAACGCAUAUUAUCCCGUUGACGAGGUUUCCGUUAUCGUCUAACAACAAGAUUGAUAACGGUCAAUUGCGAGGAAUAUUUGCAUCGAUGCUACUGAGCGAAAUGCAGGCAUUGUCCAGUCAUGAGCAGGAAAGUCCAACUGAAGACACGGAAACAAUCAGGACGAUAAUUCCUAUUUUGUGUAAAUUUACGAAGGUCGAGGAGAAGACAAUAUCAUCAUCUUCAAAUAUCUUCGAAUUGGGCCUGGACUCUAUUUUGGUGAUAUCCUUCUCUCGAGCGCUACGGGAAGCUGGCUUUCCAGCAGCCCACCCAUCAGUUGUGAUGAAAUGUUCAACUCUUUCGAUACUAGCUAAGGCUAUUGAAUCUCCUGAUAACAACGUUGAAGGCGAGAGGCGCCAGUAUGAGGAUGCAAAGCAAAAGAUAGCAGCAUUUGCCCAAAUGCAUAUGUCACACUUGGCAAACGAACUAGAAGUCGCUCCACAGGAUAUCGAAGCCAUCACUCCAUGCACAUCAUUGCAGGAUGGCAUGCUGUACCAAUGUCUGAGGAAUGAAUCUCACCCUUAUUUGACAUCGUUCAAGUUUCAGCUUGCACCGCACACAGAGGUACCAACGCUUAAGGAAGCUUGGAAACGAGCGCAAGUGUCAUUCCAGUUGCUACGUGCAAAAUUCCCUCUUACAGAUGAUGGAUACGCUCUUGUAGUCCUUAAGGAGGCAACCCUACCGUGGUUUGAACGUGCAACAUCAAAGGACGAUGAACUUGAGAGUACAGUUGAGGGCCGCUUCAAGGAGUGGAACCUUGGUUUCAAUAAUUUCAUGAGCCGGGUCUGGGAAAUCGGUAUCGUAUCCAGCCCAAAACGCAGAUGGAUGUGCCUGAAUAUAUUCCACGGUUUAUACGACGGUAUCAGUCUUCCAAUCAUCCUUGAUGCAGUGAAAAACGUAUACAAUAGCGGACAAAUACCGAGGUCUAUGCCAUUCACCGAAGUACUGCCUCUUGGCCCACUUCGUACUGUGCCUGCUGCUAAAUCAUUCUGGGUCCAACAUCUCGAGGACCUGAACCAAACGACAAUACCACGGAGACCGCUCCCCGAACCUGGCUCCAGAACUUCAACAAUUCGGAUUGAAGGUAUCCAUUGCAUCGAGGAAAUAAGGAGAUCACUAAAUGUUACGGAGCAAGCAAUGUUUCAUGCUUGCUGGGUGUAUACGUUCGAGAGGUACUUUAGUUAUAUACCAACUAUGGGCAUUGUGGUUUCCGGAAGAUCAUUCGACUCGGAAGACGCUGAUACUGCGGUUGGGCCUUUAUUUAACACUAUACCUUGCAAUAUUCCGAAGUUCAGCUUCUCAACCUUUUCUGAGCUUAUUAAAGCUUGCCAUGACUACUCUGUCUCUGUCCUUCCUUUCCAGCAUACUCCGCUGAGGUCAAUAAUGAAAUGGAUUGGUCGAAAUUCUCAGAGACCUCUGUUUGAUGUACUCUUCGUUUUCCAGAAACAAGAAAACAUCACCUCCCAACCAGGGGAAUCGUUAUGGGAACCUGUGGCAUCCUUCGCAGAAGCUGAUUACCCCCUUGCCCUAGAAGUGCAGAGUCAAGGAAGGGGAUCUUUCCAGGUGACGGCCGCAUGUCAAGGAGACAUCUUGACUUCUGACGGUGUUUCCAACUUACUCGAACAGUUCAGGCUAUCUUUACGUAGUCUUGUGGAAGAACCCUUCUCAAAUCUUGGCUUUUCGGGAAAUUCAGCCUCGAUGGAGCCUUCGUCGAAGCAGAUUGCCAUCAAAGUCAUUGGAGACCCUUCACCCAACGUCACUGCCUCGUUUCAAUGGAGUCAAGCAGCUUCAUUGCUGAGACAAGAGAUUGCUAAAUUAGCAAACCUUGAUGUGUCAGAAAUAAAUGAGGACUCCUCAAUCCUUGAAGUUGGCUUGGAUAGCAUAGAUGCCAUCAAACUCUCCUCUCGCCUGAAGCGUGACCACAUAGAUUUGUCCGUAGGCAAUAUCAUGCGAAAUAGGACUAUUCGAACCAUGAUGUCCGAGAUUACAGUUAAUGGCAGCGCCACUAAAGCCGGUCUGACUUACUUGAAAUCUUUAGAGAGUCAAUUACGACGGUCCCUGGAAGAAGAUGGGAGGGACCUAAGAGAUAUUGAACAUAUCUAUCCGGCGACACCCUUGCAGGAAGGCAUGAUCAAUGAAAUGUUAUCAUCUGAUGGUCUUCAUUACUUCAACCAUGACAUCCUGCAGAUCAGCGAAGAUGUGGAUAUCACCACGUUGAAGAAUGCAUGGGAAACUACCGCGAAUCGUCACCCAAUCUUGCGGACUUCCUUUGCCACGGUGCCUGACCCAAAUUUGUCUUGCUCUUAUGCACAACUCAUUCACAAGUCAAGUAUCAAAAUUGACUGGAAUAUUGUUGAUAUUUCGGACAAUUCUAUUGAAUCAAUUCUUGAAGAGGAGCGAGCUAGGGCAUUGUCACUGGUAAUGUCAAAACCACUAUUCAACCUACGCCUUAUUCGAGAUGGAACCAAACUGCUUCUUAUCCUUUCUCUGUCUCAUGCCAUGUACGAUGGAUGGUCACUCAACCUUCUCCAUCAAGACGUAGCGAGCGCCUACUCAGGCCAAGAUAGCGCACGUCCAUCUUAUCAACAUGUCCUUGAAGAUAUUAUCAGCUCAUCGAGAGAGGAAGGUCUGCGGUUCUGGAAGGGCAUACUCUCGGAUGCAAAGCCGAGUAUAUUCCCCUCGCAGCCAGGUGCUGGAGGUCAAGGGGCUCUGGUGCAUCAUGAUGAGACGGCCUCCGAUAUACCACUUUCGCAUGUGUUGAACUUUUGCAAGGCCCACGGCAUUACAGCACAAGCUCUUGGUCUUACGUGCUGGACAAUUGUCCUUGCCAGCUACCUGGGACAGUUGGACGUUCUAUUCGGUACAGUGAUGCUUGGACGAGAUACAGAAGAAGCUUCAAAAGUUGCUUUCCCAACAAUGAAUACCGUUGCCAUCCGUGGAAUCUUACACGGUUCUGUGUCCGAGAUGUUAGAAUACGUGCAGAGGAAUCUGGGCAACAUGUUGGCGCAUCAACACUACCCGCUACGAAAGAUCAAGUCUAUGAUGGGAGCAGGAAAUAAGGACCUUUUCGAUACCCUUUUCAUCUACCAAAAGAGCCCUAGUUUGCAGGAAAGUCAAGAUAAGCCUCUCUACAAAUCGAUUAACAGCUCAUCAGGUGUGGAGUAUCCCAUCUGUGUCGAACUGGAAGCUAUGGGUGACUCCGUGGUAUGGCGUGUUGCCUGCAAAGAUACCAUUUUUAACAAGAAAGAUACCAAUCAACUUAUCCUGCGGCUGUUGCAGGUAUUCAAAGCCAUUAUUCAAUCACCAGAGACAUCCACUGCCGCCUUCGUAGAGACCAGAGAACAGCCAACCCUUGAUAGUGUGACCCAAAACGGCGCUUCUUUACCUGACGGGCCGAGUGGUAUCGCCAUUGAGUCCGCAGUGUGGUCACCGCUGGAAGAGAGGAUCAGAGAUACCUUGUCGCUAGUUGCUGCUGUACCGAAGGAGGAGAUCACCAGGAAUACCACUAUCUUCCAUUUCGGUAUUGACAGUAUCAGCGCUAUCAAGGUCUCUUCAUUACUCAGACGGCAGUCUGUGCUCAUCUCCGUUAGGGAUAUACUGCGAGCGGAGACUGUUGGGAAAAUGGCAGAAGUAGUCAAUUCCGCGCAGGAGAAGAAGCCAACAAUUGCAACUUCAAGAGGAAAACUUUUGUCGCUGCAGAUGCUGAGAAAUAGCAACAUCGACCUACAACUGGGGAAGUAUGGUAUGAAGCAAGAAGAUGUCGAGGCUUUCCUCCCCGCUACGGCAGGGCAGGUUUACAUGCUGGAGAUUUGGAAGAAUUCGCAUGGAAAGCUCUUCUUCCCAGACUUCUUCUACAGGGUUACUGGCCGCAUCACUCAGGGCCAGUUAGACGCCGCAUGGAAAGUUAUGACUGUCAAACUGCCGAUACUUCGGACAGCAAUACUCCCUAUUGGUGACGCCAGUACGCCUUAUGUACUGGCUGAGCUGAAGCAAGUUAAUAAUCCGAUAAUCUGGAGAUCCGAUCUGAGAGUUAAGUCGAACCGUCUCCAUGUCACGGCCAGACAGGGCUCGGGACUUGUGUAUCUAUAUGCUUCUCAGACUGAGACGGAGACAUUGCUGAUGCUACAUAUCCACCAUGCCCUUUAUGAUGCAGUAGUGCUUCAGCAUCUUACCAAUACACUUGAGUCACUAUGCCUGGAUGUGUCCACCCCGGUGGAUGCGCCAUUAGAUAUUGCAGAGUUUAUACAGUACGGCAAGGCUAUGUCUUCCGAAGCCCAGCAGGAGGCAUUCUGGAGGGGCUAUCUAGGAAAAGAUACAACUCCGGUUGCCAAAGAUGCUUCUUGGCCUGUGGUGGACGUCCAACCCGGGGCAGGAAAGUACCAGCCAGCUCUCCUGGGCAAUACAGACUGGCUGAACAAGGUCUGCCAGACAGAAGGAUUAUCAGUGCAGGCCGUGUUCCUGGCAGCCUACUCCAAGGUACAUGUGAGAGAGUUCCAUGUCCGAGGCGCAGACUUGACGGUUGGUGUGUAUCUGGCCAACCGCUCCCACGACCUGGUGGGCCUUCCAGAGCUUGUGGCGCCAACACUGAACAUUGUACCACUCCACAUCCAAGAUCCAGGAUCUCGCUCCGUGUUCGAGAUAGCGCGCAAAAUCCAGAGUGACCUGCAUGAAAUCAGUUCUGCCGAGAACUGCACUGUGUCACUAGCCCAGAUAGCGGAGUGGACAGGAAUCAGGCUCGACACAACAGUGAACUUUAUCAAGUUACCGGAGGUGGCGGCACAGGUAUCAACAGCGACGAGCGGUGCCCCGCAACUAGUUCAGGUCACAGAGGAAGAGGUUCUCGAGUGGCAGAGCAAGGAAAGCUGCAACAGCAACGGCAGCGAGCAAGUGGAUGCGGCGGCAAAGAGCAGCAGCAAGCUUUGGCUGGAAGAGAUGCUUGGAAUAGAGAGUGGAGUUGGAUUGGAGAACGCGGGAGAUGUCUACAAGCCGUCCGUGGAUAUCGAGGCAGCGGUUAGAAACAACACGCUGGAUGUCGGGGUGUUUGGCCCCAGCAGCGACAAGGCUUUGGGGUUGCUAGACGGAGUUCGGCGCGAGCUCCUUGCUCUGCAGGCAUCCAGCGCCAGGUGA